UUGCGACUGCACAUCUGACAUCCGUGAUCAAGAUUACCGCUUUCAAUUCGACUCCAGCAUUUUUCAUGAUCAAGUUAUUGCCAGAGAUCUCACAGUCCUACCAGACGCCAUCAAGAACCAAAAUACUGCAUGCGUUAAUCACCAAGACCCACCUCUCCCGUGACCCAUUUUAUGCUACAAAACUCGUGCGAUUCUAUGCUAUGAACGAUGACAUUGUCUCUGCUCGCAACCUGUUCGAGAAAACUCCUCAACGGACCGUCUUCCUUUGGAAUGCCAUUAUUCGAGCCUACGCGCAGGCCCAAAAGUUUGAUGAUGCUAUUUCACUGUUUAUAAGGAUGGCUAAAACUAAUACAAAACCUGACAACUUCACGUAUGCCUGCCUUAUACGGGCAUGCUAUGAGAAUUCUGACUUAGAUGGGCUCAGAGUUUUACAUGGUGGAGUUACAGUUUAUGGGUUAGGAUCAGAUUUCAUCUCUUGCAGUGCACUUGUCACUGCUUAUUCAAAACUAGGCCUUGUUGAUGAAGCUAGUAAAGUGUUCUAUGGGACGUUUGAGUUGGAUUUGGUUUUGUGGAAUUCAAUGAUUUCUGGUCAUGGCUGUUGUGGAUUCUGGGACAAAGGGUUAGAACUGUUCAAUAAAAUGAGAAGUUUGGGUAAGCAGCCUGACGGUUUCACUUUGGUGGGAUUGAUAUCAGGUUUAAUAUGUCCCAGCUUGCUGCCAAUCGGCCAAGGAAUUCACGGUUUUUGCUUGAAAAGUGGUAUUGAAUCUAACUCUCAUGUAGGUAGUGCACUUGUGAGCUUAUAUUCCAGAUUUAAGUGCAUGAGUUCUGCACAUAACGUUCUUAGUAGCUUAUGUCAACCUGAUUUAGUCACAUGGUCUGCUCUUAUUACUGGUUAUUCUCAGUCUGGAGACUACUUGCAGGCUUUGCUUCUCUUUAGGAGUUUAAAUAUGGAAGGUAAGAAGGCAGAUCACAUAUUGAUUUCCAGUGUUUUGACUGCUGCUGCUCAGAUAACAAAUGUCAGGCCUGGUAUUGAGAUUCAUGGUUCUGUUUUUCGACAUGGACUUCAAUCAAACAUCAUGGUUUCUUCUGCUCUCAUUGACAUGUACUCAAAGUGUGGUUUUUUGGGCUUGGGGAUUCGUGUAUUUGAGGCUAUGCCAGAGAAGAAUGUUGUUUCUUAUAAUUCAGUUAUUUCAGGUCUUGGUUUGCACGGACUUGCCUCCCAGGCUUUCAAAAUGUGGGAGGACCUAAUAAGUAAAGGGCUAAAGCCCGAUGAAUCCACUUUCUCUGCUCUCCUUUGUGCUUGCUGCCAUGCUGGCCUUGUUAACGACGGUUGGGAACUUUUUAAGAGGAUGAAAGAUGAGUUCUGCAUCCAAGUUAGAAAUGAACAUUAUGUUUUAAUGGUUAAGCUUCUUGGUAUGGCUGGAAAGUUGGAAGAGGCAUAUGAUCUUGUCCUGUCUUUGCCCAAACCUGUGGACUCUGGCAUCUGGGGAGCGCUUUUAUCAUGUUGUGAUGUCCAUGGGAAUUCUGAGCUGGGAGAAAUUGUAGCCCAGCAUAUUUUUGAUAAUGAGCCAAAAAAGGGAGCCUAUAGGGUUAUGCUUUCGAAUAUAUAUGCUGGUGAAGGGAGAUGGAAUGAUGUGAAGCAGUUGAGAGAUGAUAUAACAGAUGGAGGACAAAGGAAAGUUCCUGGGGUCAGCUGGAUUGAUGGCUAUGGCUAUUGAUCACUGAAUGAUUCUUGUGAAAUACCCUUCACACCACAUAUUGACAGCAAAGUAGUCCUACGAGGUAAACCCAUAAGUUUUAUUAGAUGGAUUGGUGGCUAUGGCUAUUGCACCGAUGCCAGGUUUUCAGAUAUUUGAGAAAAACCUAAUAUAGGUUUGUAAACUUCUCCAUAAAUCCAAACCAUCUUGGGAUCUUCUCUAGUGAAGUUUCCUAAGAAAUGAUGGAGGUGAGAAUGACUCCAAGAGGACAAUUCUCUGUGUGUUGAAAGAAUGUUUUGCUUCAAAGGACAAACUCAGAAGACUCUGCAUCUUCAUAAUGGAGGCAAAUGGCUCAUUGGCAUUCUCUUCGGCCGCGUCCAUCAAUCCCAGCCUCCUGAGCCGAAUCAAGUUGCCUAAUUCUGUUGCAACAGUAUCACCAGGGUGUGUUCCAGUGAGUGUCUGGAGGUUUUUCCAUCCACUUAACCCUGCUGGUGGCUUUUUCCCUCCUCCAUUGAAUGUUAUGAACAUUUUGAGGCUUCUCAGUCCUGCAAGUUUCAGGACUUCAGUUGAUAAUUCUGCGAAGUUCCUACACCUUCUGAUGUCCAAGGUUUGUAGAUAUUGUAAAUUACCAACUUUUGGUGGAAGCUGGUCAAUGUCAGUUCCUUUCAAGCCAAGAUAGGUCAUGUGGAUCAGGUUUCCUAUUUCAUCUGGUAAGCUUUUUGGCCCGCUGUCUUCAAGAUCUAGCAUCCGCAAAAAUUUUGCCCAUUGAAAAUCCAACGAAUUACCAUCUGGAGGUGCCGUGAUUUCCAAACAAAAAUACCGAGGUUGAAGCUCUUCUACAUUGGAGGCUAUCUUUACAAUGUCUGUGUAGUUUGAAAUGCGGCGAGCAGUUUUGGGGAGAAUAGAAUCUGCAUUGACCCUCAGCUACCAAUAACCGGACCAUUCUCCUUCUUGAUAUCCAGUGAUUCUCAGGGAAGAUGCAACAGUACAGCAAACAAUACUUGAGGUAAUAUGGUAAGACUCAUAAAACUUGAUUUGAAAGGAAAAGAAGAUGAUGCUUCACCUUUCUCCAUUCCUUGUGAACAAAAAUGCUAUUGUCUUCCUUGUCUCCUUGAUAUGCAGUUGGAAGUUUGAGGUCAUUCAUCCUUUAUACAUUUUGGAGACGGCCUUCAAUAUUCUGUAGUUGAGCUCUGAAGCCAUCGGUAAUAUGGGUAUAUCGUCAUUUUUUUAUACUCGCAUGAAGAAUGCAAGAAGAAAUUUAUGGCUGAU